CAGUGCUUCCGGGUGUCGAUGCGGAAGUGGCGCAGUGCUUGUUUACUCCCAGCUGCGUCUCGGUUGUAUUUUAUCGGUAUUUGUGAACUGAGCGGUCCAGUUAUUUCCACUCCUUGGUUGCUGGACCUGUCUUUGCGUUUUCAAUGGGGGCUCACGGGCUUCUGGGGAACCAGCCGGACUCCAUAGACUACUCGGUGCAUGAAGCCUGGAAUGAGGCUACAAACGUCUACCUGCUGGUCAUCCUGGUCAGCUUCGGCCUGCUCAUCUACGCAAGAAAAAACAAGAGGAAGAUCAUGCGGAUCUUCACGCUGCCUCCCACCGUCGGUAGCAGCCCAGAGCCUAACUUCUACGACAGCCUGCAGAAGGUGCGGCUGCGGCAGCAGCUUGAGAUGUACUCUCUGGCCAGGAAGUUUGAACARCAGCAGCAGCAGCAGACGGACAGUGUGCAGCUCUCCAUGGAAUGAGAAACAACGUUUUCAGCCCCUUCCUCCGAGCUCUGGACACAGAUGGAGGUGGACUUGGACUCCUGUCAGAAUCAGAGGUGGUACUCGCCGUCGGGAGCGGACACAGCUGAAUGGACGAUUAGACAUUAGCAGACGCUUUGAAGAUGUGCAGCAUUUCUCCAGCCUGCAGCGGGGAGAGCACGAAUAAAUGAAGGAGAGCACGAAGAAUUAAAAGGACGUGUAAAUUUGGUUUUGUCGUUAAUGUUCGCACACAUUUAAACCAAUGGUUGUUAAAGAAAAAAAAUAGUGGAAAUGUGUUGUUUAUUCAUGCAUAAAGCCCAGAUCACGAUGCUCGUGUGAUGUCGGAGGAUGAGCUCAGAGGUGUAACGGGAACGUUCUCCUUCGAUCGUGUUUGGUGACCCAACAGCUGGUUGUCCUGGAGAGAUUCUCCAUAUCUGCGUUUUAUUUAGAGACUUUUGGAAGUGGACGUAAAGACAUUGUUCAUAUACACAGUCCCUAAACAUAUGCUCAUCAGUCUCCCUGUGAUAUUUUGAGAUGGUGUUCACUCAAGUUUUAGAACAUUAAAGCUGUGAAGAAAUUAAAUAUUACUCUGAUUUACUG